CAGCAGCAGCAGCAGCAGCAGCAUGCGUGCCCCGUCUUAUAAGCACCGCGACCCAUGUCACACUAGCCCCCCAUUCUUCUCCUUUACCACCUUCAACAUGGCCGGUACACAGAUAUACACACUGCCGGAUGUUGCCGCCGGCAGCGACUCGGUAGUGGAGCCUCUCCGCGACCAGAUUGAGCGUGGCCUCGCCGGCACCGACCAGCCCACCAUCCCCGGUAACACGGAGAGCGACAAGGCGUGGGCAUACAAGCGCUCAGUGCCCACUGUCGUGCUGUACGAUGCCGCUGGUCUCCGCCUGUACGACCGCAUCACGGCCGAUGCCCCAGAGUACUACCUCUUUGCCGACGAGCUCAACCUCCUCAAGUCGCACGGCCACGAGAUUGUGCGCGCCAUGGGCUUCCCUGGUAACGGCUACGAACAGCCCGAGGAGCAGGAGGGCGGAGAUAAGGUGCUCGAGGAGCUCUUCUUCCCUCCCGUCAAGGACUGGCGUCCGGCGCGCUGGGGAGACGUCGAUGUCGGGCGCUUCAACGGCGGUGUGAAUGCCGAGGAGGGGCUAGGCGGGGGCUGGGAUCGAGGUUGGGACGUCGUCGAGCUAGGUGCAGGUGCACUGCACAAGACGGCACACCUCCUCACAGCGCUCGCAGAGGCGCUCCCCCCGGCGCCAAAGGGUAUCGACACCCCAGCACCGAUCACGUACCAUGCGCUUGAUCUGUCUCGGCCUGAGCUUGCACGUGUGCUCAAGCAGAUGGACAAGAGGUACGGCAACACGCUUAGCGGCCGCGUGACGACCGUCGGCCUGCACGGCGACUACACUGCCGGUCUGAAGCUCGUUCGCGAGGGUGGCCUUGCUUCUCUCGCCGCUUCUGGACACGGCUCGCCGGACGAGCCUUCGUCCCCCAGCACGCAGCCUUCGACCGCUGAGCUCUCGAGCUCGCCCAACAGCGUGCACUCCGACAACCUUAUCACGCCCGCCAUGAUGGCGACCACGCACGAGGCUGGCGUCGCGGCCGACGACGACAUCCCCGUCCUCGCGACGUCGAUGGGCUCCAAGUGGACCGCGCCGCCUGCGCCUCGCCCCACCCCUGCGCCGGCGGCUACGCCUCGCGCUCCGCCCGCCACACCGCACGCUGAGGACCGGCCCGUCCACUUCCUCUUCCUGGGCUCGUCGCUCGGCAACUUUGACCGCGAGUCGGCUGCGCCCUUCCUUCGCUCCCUUCCUCUCCGUCCGGGCGACACUCUCCUCCUAGGCCUCGACGGCCGCCCGGCGCCGGGCGCAGAGGGCCGCCACAAGGUCGAGGUCGCUUACAACGAUCCCCAGGGCCACACCCGCGCGUUCGAAGAGCACGGCUGGGACGUGGCCAUGGCCGAGCUCGGCCUGGGCAAGGACCACAAGGUCGAGUUUGUAGGCCGCUACAACGAAAUUCUUGGCCGCCACGAGGCCUAUUUCCGCUCCAAGGAUCAGCAGACCCUUCAUCUGCCAGGCCUUGACCGCGACGUCACCCUUGAUAAGGACGAACUCCUCCACAUUGAGUGGAGCUACAAGUACUCGCUUGCUGAGGCCCUAGCGCUCUUCGAGGCAGCUGACCUCCGUGUCGUCGACUCGUGGAAGGCGCCAGAGUCCGAGUACCGUCUCUGGGUGCUUGAGCGCCCCGAUGUCCGCUUUAUCGACAAGCCUGUCCAGGCCGAUGAGGAGGCCGCGGACAAGCAGAUUGUCAGCCUCCCCAAGGGCGUCGCGUCGUGGGACGAAUGGGAGGCCAUGUGGAAGCUCUGGGACCACAUCACCCUCGACAUGAUCCCCAAGGAGAUGCUUCACCAGAAGCCCAUCGACCUCCGCCACAUCUGCCUCUUCUACCUGGGCCACAUCCCGACCUUCCUCGACAUCUACCUCUCGAGGAUCACGGACGGCACUCACUCUGAGCCCGUGUACUUCAAGGACAUCUUCGAGCGCGGCAUCGACCCGGACGUCGACGAUCCGACCAAGAUCCACUCGCACUCCGAGGUGCCCAAGUGCGAAGAGGACUGGCCCGUCCUCGACGAGAUCAUUGGUUUCCGCGACCGCGUUCGCGCGCGUCUCCGCAAGAUCUACGACGAGGCUGAGGCCGGCAAGGUCCUUACCCGCCACGAAGCCCGCUCCAUCUUCAUGGGCUUUGAGCACGAGGCGAUGCACGCUGAGACGCUGCUGUACAUGCUCUUCCAGUCGCCUCUCACCCGCCCUCCCACUGCUGUCCCGCAAUGGGAGGUCCUCAAGGCCCACUGGGCUGCCGAGCGCUCGGCCGCCACGGCCAAGGGGGGCAAGAUGAUCCUCAAUGUCCCCGAGACGGUCGUGACCCUCGGCCACGACGACCUCGAGGCGGACGACGCCACUGCCACAAACUGGAAGGAGCACGAGUUUGGCUGGGACAACGAGCACUCCGCCCACCGCGUCACGGUCAAGCCGUUCCGCGUCGAUGCGCUCCCCAUCUCGAAUGGCCAGUACCGCCGCUUCCUCGACCUGACCGGCAAGCUCCCGUACCUCGUAGCUGAGACUGCCCCGGCGUCAUGGGUGCAGGUCAACGGCGAGUGGCACGUUAAGAGUCUGUACGGCCCGGUACCGUUCAGCAUCGCUGGCUCGUGGCCGCUCAUGGCGAGCCGCGACGAGUUUGUGGCGUACGCCGCGUCGGUCGGCGGCCGCCUUCCCACCGAGGCUGAGCUCCGCGCGCUCUGGAAGCACCCCGAGGGCCCGCGCCCCACCGGCCCGACAGCCAACGUGGGCUUCAAGAACUGGCACCCCAUCCCGCCCCAGCUCACCACCCUUGACAACGCCGGCACCGUCAUCCACGGUCACAACGGCGGUGUGUGGGAGUGGACCGCGACCAAGAUGGAGCCGUUUGACGGCUACGUCGCGAGCAAGCUGUACCCCGGGUACUCGUCCGACUUCUUCGACGAGAAGCACUACGUUGUGCUCGGCGGCUCGUUCGCCACCGUCCCCCAGAUUGCGGGCCGCGAGAGCUUCCGCAACUGGUACCAGGGCAACUACCGCUACGCGUGGGUCGGCGCCCGCGUCGUCUACAACAUCGCGUAGCGUGUGUGUGUGUAACAACAUCCCACGCUCAUACGCUGGGUGUACGUACCAAUCUUGUAACUACCAAAACACCUAAACGUAAACGUAAACACAAACGAGUGUGUACAGUUUGAAGAAAUGCAAGAGUUGUGAAGUG